AUGUGUAUGAUGAUCAACAAGUUAUUCUUCCUUCUUCCAGUUGCAUGCAUGGCCAUGUUUGGUACAGCUCAAACGUUGCCUUCGCAGCCUAUACCUGGACAGGAACCAACAGAUUGUAUGUCAUCCAUGUUUGUUAUUCCUGACUGCAUCCCAGAAAUUAUCCAAUCGUUAGUAAGCGGAGAAAUCGGGACCGUUGGUCAUUCUUGUUGUCAUGCCUUCUUAGGUCUCAGUGCAGAUUGUAUUUCUGAGAGGUUUGACUUCACUCCAGAAUUCUUCCCUCCAGCACUAAGAGAUUAUUGUUCCCAACAUUAA